AAGAUUCUUGCCUGGCCAGCGACGAUUCAAAUUUCAAUUCCCUGUGACAAAUUUCAAUACCUUCUUCUUUCUUGGGAUAAGAUAAACACCACGCCACCAUCUCCCCCUCUUCAAUAUUUCACGCGAAUGUGACCCUCCUCUGCCCAUCAAUGGCGCGCCCAGUAACAGAGGUAAAAACUAGCUAAUUACCUUUUUCCCCCCUCCCCUGCUUCUUCUUUCUUCCCAACAGAAGCAAAGUUAGAAUCUUUAGCUGGAUUUCAUUUCUGGGUCUUGUCUGGGAAAUCCUUCGCUUGUGUGAUUUCAGUGAAAAAUGGUUACCUUUUCCCCCCUGUUGACGGAAAUCCGUUGUGCAUACGGAUUCGUGUGCUCUACUCUGCUCUUGAGAUUGAUUUCCUCUGCAUGUCCUUUUAUGCUUCCCCCCAAUUGAUAGGGCAACGAGCAAUCAUGGAGCUCGAGUGGGUGGCCGCUUGGGCUGCAAAUCAUGAACUUGAGACUUCGAGUGAUGGAGAUCAGCAGAAAUCAGACCAGCCGUCGUCUUCCGCCGUCGUCCAGCUUCUCCUCUCUGUCUUCCUCAAAUCUCGACACCGAGUCUACGGCGUCUUUCUUCCAAGACAACAGCGUGUCCCUGGGGAGGCUAAUUGGGUUCCGGCAAGCUGUCCCAAGAAGGACGGGCGUAGCUGCGGCGGCGGCGACGGGGGCGGGAGAUGGGUGUGGAGAAGGAUCAAGAGGAGAUGGGAGAGUAGGAAUUAUGUCGGCGGCGGCGGAGGGAAAAGGAGGGAUCUGCAUUCCUUUGAUACUAAGUACUAUUGAGAAGAUCAGAAGAUCCAAGGAGAGAGGUCGAGUUAGUUGAUUUCUUGUUCUUUGUUCAUGCUUUGUGGUCUGUUCGUGCUGUUGUGGAAAAGAACUGAAGGGUGUAUGAGUUUUGUUUGAUUCAAUUGGCGCCAUAUUUGGUUUGAGAUUAGAAUGAUUCGAUUUACAUUGAGAAGAAAUCCGCUAGAGAAUCGCCAUGGUUGCUGCUGGUAAUGCGAUCCCUAGUUGAAGGAGAAGAAGUAAAUCCAUUUGCAUUACGGAUUUCUUAUUCACAUUUCUGACUCAAUCUGAAUGCUCAUCGAUCCCUCAUCAACCACGGCAAAACUGAAACGCCGUCGUUUUGGGACAUACACCUUAAACCACUCAAAGAGUCUGUCGCUGGCCUCUGUUUUCCAAAACCUAAACCUUUGAAAUCGCCAUGUCCGCCACCGCAGCCGCCAGGUCAGUCCUCCGUUUCUCCUCCGUCAGGCCAGCCACCGCACGGCGAUUGCCCUCCAAAACUAGGCCGGCGUUCUUCGCUGUCCCCACCGCGAGGAGAAUCCCUCCUCCUUCUCUUCGUAUUUCCAGGUCGAUGAGCUGUUUGGUUGACACAUUGCUUCCGUAUCACUCCGCCAACGCCUCCGCAUUGAUCAAUUCGAAGCUCUCCGUCUCUUGCUGCGCUUAUGUCUGGAAUCUCGAUGAUGGAUGAUUGGCUCAACGGGAUAGAGACUCCGGUAAUACCGACAUCAUUUAACUUUCCGAUGGGUGUAAUGAGUUGUUGUUGAAGACAUUUCAGUCAUUGAAUGACCAAAUCCAAUUAUUCGAAGUUCAUACAUUUCUACGGUUCACUAUGCUUUUCCAACUAGAAUUGGAGUUUUGGAGCAACUAAAAGUUAUAAUACGUGGUGCUGAUGAAACUUGGACUGCUUGUAUUCAUUCUCCCGUGAGAGGGAAGGAAUUACGAUUUACUCGUCCUCGUGUCGAGGCAUUAUAGAACAAGCCAUUGUGCUAGCUAUACGUCCAUGACUUGUUGUCUUCCUGC